UCCGAGCAGAGCGGCAGUCGCUCCAGUUGCAGUUGCAGAUAGAGAUACAGAUACAGCAGAUACAGAUACUUCAAUACCUCAACAGAUAUAAAUACAGAUACAGAAGCGGAUCGAGACUAAAGCCACAGCAUAUAGCUUCUGUGGCCAACUUUAAAACUCAAGCAGUGCAAGCAAAACUCAGUGUGAAAAUGCCGUUCCCCAUCCAUCCGCCCAAGCAGAUGCCCUGCCCCCACUGGCAGCACUUCCCCAUCAGUCCCGUGGACAGCAAGCCGAAUCCCUUCGAUGCCGUGGGCGGAGCGGCGGCAGCGGCCACCCAGGUCAGCAUUGGGGCCAACAAGCCACCGGAGCCGGUAUCCUAUCGCUAUUGCUUGCAGUGUAAGAACUCCGGCAAGGAGCCAUCGAACCCCGCAGACAGGGAGUAGUUGCCCCAACGCCAUGGAGGUGACCCCUCCAUCCAGCCAAACAAUCAGCCAUCACCUGUAAUCAGCCACUUCAACUUGGAGGACGCACUUGGAAAGCCAAUUAAAAAAAGGAAAAUAAUCAUAGUAAUCACAGAACAAAGUUUUGAUUUCCAGAGAUAUCCAGAUAUAUGUAUAACACAUGUUUCCUUUAUGUCCAUCCCAUUCAAACAAAUCACCCAAUUUUUUUUUCUGUGCUGCUACUCCUGUUUUUCUAUAUAAAAAUGGAUCUGAGUUUUAAAGUUACGCAUAAGUGGAUAUAUUUAUAUCAGAUUUCCUAAUUUAAAUCUGACAUUUGCGAAACAGUGAAUUUAGUUACUAUAAGCAGUUCAAUUUAAUAUCAGGUCCCAACGCGCAGCCCAAUUUUUUUCUGUGUUGUUAUUAUUUAACCUAACCUAAGCACAUGUUCCAUUAAUUUUUUUUUGUUGGCCAUUUACGCAAAGUGUUUGUUUUUGUCGAUGUAAUUAAGCUAAGCAUUUUGUACGUACGUAUUUAAUUUGUAUUUAGAGCUAAAGACUAUACAGUUUAUACAGUUUAUGAAUUUAUGAAUUUUUUAUAUAUUUGUAUAAGAGAAGCGCCAAUAAACGCACGACGCAUUUAAAAAACGAGUUCUACACAAAUACACACGCACUCCCCAAUAUACAUAUACCA